AUGGCGUGGUUCAAUCCCUGGAUCAAGCGUUCAACUGAGAAGGAGAAUCAUCCAGAUGCGUCUUUAGCCUUUGAAGCUCUUAAUUUCGACUAUGUUAAAGAGGUUUUUUUUUUCACUUUUGCAGAAAUUAGAAUCUUCCUAAUAUUUCUAAUCGUGAGAUUAUUUCUCAGGACGCCCGCUCAACGGAAGAAUCUGAGAACGCCAUUUUGGUUGAAAAAAUUCUGAAAAUGUUUCGUGAUGAUAACUUGGAGCAGUUGGAAGCCGUCUUGCAACAAGAGAAAAAGGUUUUCUUGUAUUUGAAAACAUUCGAUAUAGGUGAACGGGAGAUCUUCUUUUUCUAAAUGUAGAUGCAAAUAUUGGGAAUUUUCUAGAUUUGUCAGGAUUGUUCUCCAUUUUUUUUCUCUUUUGUGCUUUUUCUGAUCUGCAAAAUAAGCGAACAUAAUUAAUUUAUAUCGAAAGAAUAACUCGUCAUAAAAAAAUUUUUUUCCAGACUUCGAAUCCUAACGUCCGUAGAGGGGCUACCCACGAUCUUGAGGUAUCUUUUUCGUUUAUUUUUAUUUGUUUUUUGCAGCUCCGCAAAAUUUCGAUAGCCAAAAAGGGUUUUAUUUCAUAUUCUGAAUUUUUUUUUAAAUGUCGAAACGCUCCGAAUUUGAGAGAGAAACUGAAGACGAUUAUUUCGAGUAUUCGUUCAAAGUAUGCAGUCAAGGAUUUGACGUUCAGCGAAGCUUUCGGAGGCCUCUGGCCGCGAAGAAAACGCUCCGCGUCGAUUUCAAAAUCGACGGUCUCGAAAGUUUUAGGGUGAGCUCUCAUAUGAAGUGAUUUUAGUUCGCGGUUUGGAAAUUUCGGAAAAUUCGCUCAAAAACUAUCCGAAGGUUGAGAUUCCGUCAUAGUCGUUACCUGGUACAGCUUUUAGUUUUUGAGAUAAUUAUUUUUAAAGUUCGGAAAGUUAGGCUUAAAAUCCAUGUUUCGAAAAUUCGAAAAAAAAAAACUAUAUCUCUGAAAUUGAAAGUUUGUGCAGGUAAAACCAUUGUGAGUCCUUUGUCUUAACUUUCAAAAAGUUUUCGAGCAAAUUUGUAGAAAGUUGCAAACCACAAAGUAAAAUUACUCCCCUUUGUCAGGUAAUUCUGAAAGGAAUGUUAAAUUUUUCAGAGUUUUAAUCCCACUUACACGAGUACUCCACAUGCUCAGCGUCCAUCCAUGUCCUUGCGAACGGCUAAUUUUCCCGAGGCUUUUCCAGAAAUGAUUGAGGAAACACGUGAGGUAUGAAGGGGAAAAAUGAAAUGGAGACAGGUUCAAUUCAUUAGAGCAUCGACGAACGAAUCGAUGCCUCUGCCGAUGAAAAAAGUCAUCAACACUUCCUCGUCUCGAUGUGCACUUGCACCAAUCCGCCAGCCAGAAUGUCCCCGAAGAAAACUUCGGCUCUUCCCAUUUCAGACUCGAACGAUUCUCUCGUUACCUAUUAUGAUUUGGAAAACAGCUCAUCGAUUCCCUUUGAAAGUUCUUCAAGUGAAGGUAUUCUCUCUGGGUCAGACCUGUGUUCUAUGCGUCUUGGCGAUUUUUCGUUUCAAUUAAUGACUAAUUCCGACCGUAAUCAAUCAAUUCAUCCUUGAACUUGUUUUUAAAACUAACUUUUUUUUUCUCACCUUGAUGUAUAAACAACGGCUUCUUAUGAAUUGCUCUCAGGAAAGUGUUUCAUGUGUUAUAUUACUUUGUUUAAAAAACUUUCUACGCUUGAAUUUUGUGCAUGUAUUCAUUUAUCAUUUUCAAGCGAAACCUUGUUAUGCUUCUGCACACUUCGCAUGUCCACUUUUUUGAAUUUGCUGCUGUAAAAUGUGAAGAUAAAGCUGUUCGACUGGAUUUUGUGAUAUAUAAAAACACUAGUUGGCUACUGGUUCAAAACCGUAUCUCUAGUUAUGAUUUGACUAUUUUUGAAAUUCGGAUUUCCGUUUGAUCUUCAUAUACAAAUCCAGUGAUGAAAGUAUGCAGAGCAGUGUCAGAUUUCAGAUCCUCUGAUAAAACAUCAGCACUAUCGCAAUAGCCCUGCUUGCUUCGAGGGUGAUCGAAGAUAAUCAGCGACUGUGUGAGAUGUCUUCACCCCAGGUGAUUUAAUCUUGAUCUUUUUAACUAGUUUUCUCUGCCGCUUUCGAAGAAUUUCCUUAUACUCACUCUGAUGGUUGAAUCAUAAGGGAUCGAGAAAACCGAAAACAGUCUCGACGCGAUUUUUAUCAAGUGUUACAGUGGUUGAAUGUGUGGUGGAACAAGCCUAGAUUGCUAUCUUAGGAGUUGCUUCUUUUUUUCUUUGUGUUUACACUUCAAUGACGUCUAAAUUAUAUUGACUAGUAAACUUUUAUUUUGCAAACUUUUCUAUUUUGAUAUUCAGUCAAAAUACCUAUAGACUUACUGCUUUCAAAUGAUGAGAUUGAGAUGCAGACUUCGCACUCCAUAUCAUUCAUAGUUACAUUUCCAAUUUUCUAUGACGAAUUAGAGACAAGUCUGAUUUAAUUCAAAAUUAACAAAUUAUAUACAUAUUGCCUCUUGCACAGUGGAGAACUUUUCACUUCAACCAAUUAACAUUUUAGAGUGGAAUUGUUCUGAUUGGCUCCCUGGUUAUAUCUUCUUUUUUUUUUGAAGCGAGGUCUUUGUAAUGAGAAAACACUGACACUCGGUGUUCCGAUGACUUCUCACGAGAGCGAACGGGUCUUUUUUGUUCCUUUCAUAGACAACCGAUCAGCCCUUCAAAAGUGCAAAUUCUUCUUUUUAUAUCGCGCGUAUUGCAGAGAGCGCUUUCUUUUGGUUUUUUUCAAAAUGGGAACAUCUGGGGAAAAAAUUGAUAAGAAAAAAAUAGCAGGGUGGUCUGAAUGGAGGUCAUUAAGUAUUAAAACUUUUUUUUUGAGACUAUUAUAUAUUUGGGCUAAUAUUAUCUACUCCAAAGGUUUUUAUGAAUCUCAAAGAGUUUACGAUGAUUAUUGUUAUCAGCCUUUUCCAAGAUUUCGUGGCUUGAAAAAAAAGCAGAAAUGGUUAAAGGGGGUCUUUUUGGAAACUUUCUGAGAAAAGGAGACAUAGCUGAACUUUUUACGCCAACAUCGUGCAACAUAAAAGGGCACCCAGUCGACUUCGUUCUUGACCCCGAUUCUACUCGAAUUCGAAGCGUGUAAGUAGUUCGCCUUGUCCUUAUACGGCGGUACAAUUCGCUCCAUCAACAGAAUACAGGCGGCAAGGACGUCGCAUCGCAUCGGCCUUGCGCGUUUCAUUUUUUUUUUUUUCUAAACGUGUGAAUGAAACCAUGUAAGUGACUUCGAGGAUAAGAUGCACAGUAGAAACUAGCGCAAUGAAUUUUGAGAGAAUCAUGGUUUUUUGUAGCUGGUCAAUGAAUAAAAAAAGACUUAACGUCUCGUUUUUUUAAGUUUUAGAAUUUCUCGGUGGCGAUGUUAAAUUUUACGAAGUAUUUAGUAUAGAUGCGCCUAUAGAACAUAUCUGACAUCGAAACUGUUUAUGAUCAUAUUCUUAUAACUUGUCAUUUUUCAAAUCUUAUAUCUCAUAUGGAAUAAUAGAAAACAAUAACAUUUCAUUGUCCAAACUUUAAUAUAUCAAUUCAAUUAAAUUUCCGUUUCAGACGAAUUUUCCAGUUCACAUCCAUUAUUAAAAUAUCACAUUAGAAAAAAUUAUUAAACUUUUCAUGUUUCUUUGAGUUAGUCUUAUCCUUUUUCAUUUGAUACUAAGCGUUUAUCUCUUUGAGAGUUCAGCCAAAACUAGAGGCUCUCUAUUUGAACGCCAGAUUACCGUAGCCCUAAGAAAGCGCCGAUCCCGCCUGUCAGAAAACACGCCCAACAAAACUCUCGCAUAGUACUCGCCGCCGGUUUUUGUUGGUAUCUCUGAAAAGGGUAAAAAAAGUUUUGGAAGAGAUGGCAAGGUCGUGCGAAUGAAACAUUCAGCGCGACAUUUUAAGCGCAGCGAUUUUUUUUUUCUCUCUCCGCUCACAGCGACAGUAGAUUAUAAAUAUAUAAACUUUUCCCCAAACUAUGUGAAUUUUCUGAAGUUUAAAAAUCAAGUUAAAGACACUUUUUCAUUAAAUAAACUAAUCCAACCGCAAAGGCGGUUUUUUCAUUGCUCAAAAACCAUACCAACAUAAUUAAAAGUUUGGUUUUUUUUUUUUACUUUUUUGAAACGUAGUUUUACUUUAGUAGUUCUGAUUAAAAAUCUUUUGAAGUGUUCAUUAGAGUUGGGGUUUCAAGAUUGGAGUCACAGCUUUCCAUUCUCGGCUCUCGCUGGAAAAGUUUUCUCCCUGUUUGUAUUGUUAUUUAACUGCAGGGAUCGGCUCUGAAAGCUCUAUAAUCAUAGAGGAUUUGCUCGAUUUUUUUCGGACCCUAGCCUAGAACUGAAACGAUUCGAGAGAACAAUGAUGGAAGAAGGCAUCACUCCGAAAAGUUGGAAGGCCGAAGGGAAAAGGGCAAACAUGCUGGCUGCACUAUGCGUCCUACAUAAAAAAGGAGAAGAACCGUCCAAAAACGGUGUGUCGAGAGAAAUAGUGAGGUGGAGACGAGGACGAAGGGGUUUUGCGAAUCUGACCGAACCCUAGACAUUUUCCGAUCGAGUGUACUAUUAGAGGACGGAAACAAACAGCACGACCGCGCAUGGUUAGCAGCUACUUGGCCUCCAUACCAACUCCCACGAAACAGGAGCCACUGCAACGUCGGUUUCGCCUUUAUGGGACUCCUGGUUCAAUGCCUUUCGAAUAAGUUUUCGCGCUUUGCAUAGAUUCUUGCUGCACAAAGCCUAUUUUAACACUGCAUCAUAUACUUAGUGGUAAGCGGCAGGUUCUAUCUGAAUUUCGGACUUUUUUCUUUUGGAGUUUUCAACCUUAUUCAUGUCGAUUCGCUCCGAAAUGGAUAGAAAACCAAAAUGUCUCAAUUUAUUUUAAAGACGAAUUUCAAAAUUCUCACAGAAGGACUAUAAUAUUUUCUUUAAAUUUUUUUUUCCGUGGAUCAGACGAUUAGUUGAGUAUAAUUUGUAAAAUCACGCUGGAAGUUUUCAACUAAAAAGAAAUUUCAACUUUUAACAGUAGUUAUAAACUGUUCAGAAUUUAUACCAGUGCCUUUUCGCUUCGAGAGUUUCGUAAAUCGUUGCGGCAAUAUUUUGCGUCCUUAUUCGUUUCUGAAUUCAAUUCGCCUUGUUUUAUGAGUUUUCCACGGCGACCGUUUCAAUGUUUCUUUUUGCGUUUUCUCCACGAUACGAUCCAAAUUUCUUUUUUAUUUGCCGAUUUCAUUGGUUUUCUAUGGGUUAUAUUUCAUAAAAUGUUCCUUUUUAUUCUUAUACGUUUAUGAGUUUUUAUUUUCAUUCUUUUUCUACUACGAUACAUUCGAAAAUCUCUGCACGGUCGGAUGCUGGAAACAAGUCUUUUGAGUCAGAGUUGUGCGAUAGGUUUUCUCGUGGCUGGACUCUCUGUAAGACACUUUGACAUACUGAUUUCAAGUUUCAAACAAGCUGGGCUUUGGAUAGGCAGUUUUUAAAACCUAAGCUUUCUAAACUGCGUUUUUGAAAAGUAUGAUGCUGAGAGAACGGUUGCUAACUAUAUGAAAUGGCGUCAGAAGUGUGCGAUUAGUGAUGUGGCUAUAUUGUUGACGGCGAGUGACUCUGCGUCCCAGAACUGAUAAAAGAGCCGAACUCGGAGGAGGACGACGCGUCCUCGACCGCUUAUCAAUCUUUUUAGUUAGCAUCGUCGAAUCGCAUUAAUAUAGGGUGGUUCCUUUUGAAUUCUUUUCAUCUGCUUGCAUUCUUUCGAAAUAUUCGUACGGUAAAAACUAUGAAAGAAGGUUUUUACGACCUUAUUUUUAAUUUUCUUGGUAUACCGUUUAUUAUUUUGCCUAGCAAGUCCAUUUUGGUCACCUUCGAGCUCAAAGGACUUGUGAAGGAUUUCUGUAGCAGGCAAGAAAUAAUUUACUUAAUUUUGAGCGAAAAUAUUCAGGACGCUUGUCUGCGGAGUGCUUCUUUUCUCGGUUUUCACGUGAGGUCUCCUUUUUGCCGCUACAAAUUUUUGAAAUUCAAUUGUCCAGACAGGAAGGUCAAUCACACCAAUGAGCAAAUGUCUACGCUUUUUCCCACACACGCGUUAUUUCAAGUAUUCAAACUCAGUUCCAGUAAUUCCAUUUGAAACAUAAAUGUUUUGAAUAUGAGAACGGUUUUUUGACAUUUUACAUGUUGAAAACAUUUUUGGUUUUCCCAAGUUUUUUUUAUAACAAGUAACAUUUAGAUCUUGAAGGUGAGUCGGAUUUUUUUUUUCCUGGUCCUUGCAAUUUCGUCGUUUCAAAAUGGUUUCGAUUUCCAUACUUUUAUUUUCGAGAGUUUCUCCCUAGAAUGUUCGUAGCGUGAAUCAGUAGUUAAGCGUUUAGUUUAGGCGUGGGACAUUAGUCUGGUGUCUGUGUUUUGUUAUAUGGCUCUGCGCGGGAACUCACUUCGAUAGCUUUCCUUUGCAUUUGGAAAUUUCUGAUCUCUUGAGAAUCUCCACGAAUAAUCUACCUGCCGAAGGCUCUCUGCUCGAAUGCUGAGCAGGGUACCCCAGCCGUGCUAACACGGGGUCUCCGCGGGUGCCCCCGUAGUAAACCCGUAUAAGCCCAGCUCAUAGAACUUUUGGCAGUUUUUAGCCCAACUGAGACCCCGCUUUAGCCCAGCUGGGUUACAUAUUUUUCUUACACCCGUUGUUCCCCCAUUUUAGCCCAACUGAGACUAAAAUAACCUCAGAAACACGGGUUUAAUACGGGUACACCCGUUGAGACACCUGCUCAGCAUGCGAGUGGUUAGAGUUAUGUAGUCUUUUAAAGGAUCUGCCGUUUUUUUAAAGUCACAUGGUCGAAUCGAUGUUAGGCCCAUAGUUUUCUUCUCAUCGUUUUCGAAAUUUUCCAUUUUUUCAAGUUUGUGGAAACAAAAAAAGCAGAGUUUUUGCUACAUAAACAAUAUCAAAAACAAAAAAUGACAGGAUAAUUAAAAAAAGAAAUUAAAGAGUUCAUGAAACAAAUAGACGACGUAUCGACUGUUUUCAUGUCUUUUUCCAGAUUUGUGUAGUGUCCGAUGGCCCUCAGACUGUUCAAAAAUUGAAAAAGAAUGUUUGAAUCGUACUUUGAAGGUAUUUAAAUGGCGUUUUUCUUCAUUUUGAACGUGCAUGAAUAGAUAUUUUUUUCAGAUUGUUAGGUCUUAUCACCCAAAUUUUCCAGGAUUCUUUGAGCUAAUUGUUUUUAAAAAAUACCUGAGAGGUAGUUGAAUCUCGCCACGCACACCUGCUCAUUUCACUAAUUGCCUCAGACUUUGGCGGAUGAACUUUUGUGUGAGUCAGAAGUUAAUGUAGGAAUUAUUUAGUUGAAUGUUCCUUAUUAGAGCAUUGCUUUGACUUUUUUCUUGUCUAGUCGUUUUCAGGAAAAGUUUAUUUCUAUUUAAGAGAUUUGUCUAGUCGUUUUCAGGAAAAGUUUAUUUCUAUUUAAGAGCCGUUGGGGGAUUGAGUCGUGUGAUAUUUUCCUUUCUCAUCGCGUUAAUAAUGUUAAGGACUUUGAGAGAGUUCCUGCGUCAUCACUUUACACAAUUUAAUUUUAAUUUUCAUAGACAACAAUGAGAAAGUUAGACCCAUAACAUAAUGUUUCAGAGUUUUUUAAAAGGUUCUUUGAAACGAAAAUUCUUUUCCAUCAGCGAAAAAUCUAGGAUUUUUGCUUAUAUAUUUUGCAAACACAAGAAAGAACUACUAAGUCCGCAUUGAAACAAUUAUUCACUUAGUCUAAAUAUCCUCCCAUCAAAUUCGCAAAUGUUUUUGGAAAAAGUACUUUUCAUUAACGUAUGCUCAACUUUCCUGGUCUGUCUCCGCUGUCUGUUUUCCGAUUUCUGUUACCUACGUGGUGAAUUUUCCUGUGGAACGGAAAAGAGACCGUUAGAUUUCUUUUGAAACCCAGACUAAUUCAUCUUUCGCUGGUUUUGGGUGGGUUUUUUUUUUCAAUGUUUUGGAACUUUCUCUCCAGGCCUUCGGGAACCAUGCAUCACGAGUCAUUUUUCUUCAUGACGCCAAUGUUUCCUGCGUUAAUAUAAAUUCCAUCUUAACUUCAAUCGGAUUUUUAAAAGAUAUCUAUUAUAUCAAGCAAUGUUGAAAGCUUUUCAUGAAUUACGGUAGACUUAAAUAAUUAAGUUAACUGAUUUCUGAAUAAAUUUCACCGAAUAAAUUCCUUGGUUUGCGAUGCUCCGAUUUUCCUUAUACUUGGAGUUCAAGGUAGAAGAUUUCUUCAGUCGAAGAGAAGACGCUUACGAUUUUUGAUCGCAACACUACCGUAUGCCUGAAGGGCGUCGCUGCGAAAUACUUUUGAUUGGAGUUGCUUAGGGAAGUACACACACUGCAAUUUAUGUCCGACUAAUGGGAAGGUGGGCUGAGCCGCCUUUCGGAGCAACUUUUCGCGACCAGACGGGCUCAUCAUCCUUCGCUCUUGCGUCAGACGAUAACUAUGGCUUUGAACCGUCGCACUCUUGCUCCCUAGUGUAUUAAACCUGUCUGUUCUGCUCAGACAUCUCACAAACACGUCUUUACUUCUUUCUCUUGAACUCCUAACUUUUGAGUUAGUUUUUUUUUAAUUUUUACUUUCAACUGUUUCAUAGUAAUUAUUAAUUUUUUCCUGGUCUUUGCUACUCAUUCGCCAUUAUAUUUGGACGAUGUCCGAAUUUCGCUUAUGUAGUUUUUUGUUAAAAGUUUUCUUGUUCCAAGGAUCAGAGCGCAUUUAAUUUUCGCUAAAUGAAAAAAAUUUUCUAGUUGCUCGGUGUGAAGAGAGCUUACUGAUUUUAUGUAGUUUGUUCUCUGAUUCAGUUUACGCGGUCUUUUGUACUUCUUUUUUUUUUCCUUGAAGUUCUACGGAAAUCAAUUAGGGCAGGUAUGCUUAUGAGAGCGAUGUUUAUCUAUAGGUUACUGUAGCCUAAUACUAGACUUUUUGUUUCACACGACUUGUUUGCUUUGCACUGCGUUUUUUUCCGACUCGCGUUAUUGGAACAUUUUCUCAUUUUUCAAAAGUUAAUUAUCUUCAAAAAUAGAUCGAAAUCCUUUCUCACUGCUGUCUAGUCGCGAUUUUUUCUUUAAUUUGUUGUUUUGCGAUUGUUCGAAUGUACCAGCGGAACAGAGCUCCUCACGGUGUGGCGACGAGGCAGCAAACAGGCUCCGCCUCUUUCUAAGCUCCGCCUUUUUUCUCUCUUACCUCGUGCCAAUCUGUCGCUAGUUUAUUCGCCCGGGUAUACGCAUAUAUUUUUUUUUUCCCGAAAACUGAUAAAUAGUUUUCGGGAAACAAAGUUUCUCAGAGACUAUUCAUUUAUAUCUUUAUGAAACUUUAUGCUCAUCCAGGCUUUCCUAGCGAAGUAUCUCGCAAUUCCUUUUUUUCUUUUAUCAUUGGCUUUUCACAAUUAGAAAGCGAUCUAAGUUAUUUUUUUACACUUUUUUGUUGCAGAACACUGAGCAGGCGACGGGAAUGUCGCUGUUCACUGUGGAGCAGUUGGAGUUGAUUCGGCGGCUUCGCACCACGGGAAUCUCGUCGGAUCAAGUGCUCAAGGUGCUCAAAUAUCAACUAUCCAGAUUGAACUUGUUCCUCUUCCAGGCGUUUGUGGAACUAGACCAGGUAGACUGUGUGCUCGACAAGAACCAGAACACUAGCCACACUCCCAACAACAACAAUGCGACAAAGUUGUCGCCGUCGCCUCCGUUGCCUCAGCCGCCGGCCGUCUACGCGCCGCUUCUUCUGCAGCACUUGAGCGCCAAGCCGCCGUCUCCGGACGCGACACCAUCCGCAGAGCGACUGUCAGUACUGACCGUGCCGCGUGCGUCGACCGUCAGCGAGUCUUCGCCGCCUCCUGCCCUCACUCCCACCCCUCUUUUGCCUGGAACGUCUUCUUUCCAGUCUGCGCCCAUUUUUGGCUCCUUCGACAGUUCAGAGGCUGCUCGUCCCAUCCGAAGCCAGCGGACUCCCAUGAAGGAGAUCACGACGCUUGAGGACCCAAACGAGCUCGAGCAGUUCAUGCAGCAGGGCGAGGAGGCCUGCAUCAGCGAAAUGAAGACGUUCAUCACACAGUAUUCGCUUCGACAGACCACCGUAGCCAUGAUGACAGGUGUGCUUGUUUUUCGCCGAGUUGAAACAGGCACCUUUUUUCGCGUUUGCGCCAUCUUCUUAUCACUAUCUAUGCGCCCCGCAAAUAGAUAAUUCGGAUUGAAAAGAGUUCAAGGCGUCCUUGUCGUCCGAACAGUGAUCAAACAUGUUGUAGACGGAAACAGUUGACAUUUAAAAUCAAACUCCUAUAGUUUUCUCAAUAUUUAUUGUUCCUCAGUUCAUUAUUUGGGUUUUUAGUGAUUAGAUUGAAAGCGGUUGAACUUGCAUUGACACUGCGAGAAUGAAAAAAGUUUCGAAAAUUUAUCAAAAUUGUGCUCUUUCUUCUAGUUAGGAAAAUUUCUAAAAUCAAAAUCGAAAGCUCUACAAAAUAAAUCGUUCUUGCAGGGGUGAGUCAACCAUACAUCUCGAAGUUGCUCAACGGAAAUCAUCGUGAACUUUCUCUGAGGUGCCGCAAAAACAUCUACUGUUGGUAUCUGAACUGUCGGCAGCAUCCCGAGAAGCUAGGUAUAUCUUCUGUCUCCUUUAUUCAUUUCUCUUUUUUUUAUCUUGAAGUUUACCACGUUUAACAUUGUUUCGAAUAUUGAAAAAAGCGGAGUACUGUGGUACUUUUGAUUUUUUUUUUCAUAGCCGACAAAAAAUGAUUUGAAAACAAUGAAAAAGCGGUGAGAAACGAGGCUGAUUUAGUGGGGCAUUUGACGGAUCGACGGGUCAUGCAUAAGUGUAUCAAUGUAUAACCGCGCAUGUACCCAGAAGGACGUUGAAAUCGGGUCUUUUUGCAUUUCGAAUUGCUCUUUCUCUUUCUUUUUUGCUUAUGAAUACAUGAGAACCGCGCUCCUUUCACGUACAAAGGAAACUGCUUAAAUUCUCAAUGAGGGAGUACCUUUCGAAUAACUGCCUCGGUAAUUAUGUGGUUUACCGAUAGAGUGAUUGCGGGUUAAGCCUUCUAAAAGCCGAAUAUUAUGUUUUGGUCCUUCUAUUCAGUCGCAAGUCAGAAGUUAGAGAUCUUUAUGGUUUUGAGAUGAUUAUUUAUAGCUGUGUACUGUUUUGAAAUACGAGAGCGUUGAUCAACUAAUAACCGAUUUUGUUUACGUUUGUCAAGAUCGACUGUUGUACUGUUUCGAGCGUUUUGAAGCUGGUGACUGUGGAAAAUGAAAUGGAAAUUGAUUUGGCGGAAAACGAUACAAAUAUCUUUUUUCAAGCUUAUUUUUCGAUUUUAUUUUUUUUUUCAGUACCGAAUGGAUUGUUGUAGGGAUUAAGUAUAGAGGAGAAAAGAGUCUCCUGAAAAAUUAGCCCGCAGUAGUUCUGGCUCUUUGAAUUGACGGGUUAAAGUUCAAAGAAUGAUCUUUUGGUUAACUGUGACCUAGUGAGUCCACUUUUUGAUAAAUUUUUUCCUUAUUUAGGUAACAUUUUUGAGUGGGAGAGAACCUUUGAACAAAACAGAGCGAGAGAGAAAAAAUUAUUGAAAAAAUCGUUUUCAGCAGCGUUUUUGCAAGACCCGUCGACCCGGUUGGAGACGAAUGGGGAUGGCGAAUUGGUACCUCAGCGCCGAGAACGAUACGUUUUCCGACCAGUUCUGAUUCGGAUGCUCGAGAUUUGCUACAAUCAGACGCCGUUCCCUGACGCAGCUCGACGCGCCGAAAUCGCCAAACUGUGCAACCAGCUUCUUCAGUACGACAAGAAAGGUAAGCGAUAAAAAAGGAACAUGGAGAUUCGAAACUGGAAUUCGGCAGGAGCCUCGCUGAUGCCGAAAGAAGUCGUGUCGGCUCAAGUCGUGUCCAACUGGUUCGCCAACAAACGCAAGGAGAUGCGUCGAAGGACCGCCGAAGCCGGCGAUUCCAAGCCCAUUCUCACGCCAAUCAAGUCUUCCUUGUCGUCGCCGCAAUCGCCUGCCGAGUUGAGCAGGACUCCAUCGUCCGUCGAUGAGGUCAGGCUCAUUUCUUUUUCUCAAUCAACCAAUCGUUCAAAAUUCUUCCAAUCAAUUUCUAGUUUUCAAGAGAGAAGAUAUCAUGGAACUUAAGUUUAUUCUGAGAUUGAAAGAAAUACGAGUUCAUAAAAAGUGAGGCAAAAUGAAAUCAAAUUUCUCAAAAAAUGAAAUAAAAACGAUGGUUGCAGUGUUCGCGCACGGCAACGCCCAACUUGCAAGACGAAAACUGCGAGCUGAAAACGACGUCUUCUCAGCUUCCGACGUCUUCUCAACUCACGUCUUCUGGUCUACAAUUUUCACCCGUCUUCGAGACAUUUGCUCCGUUGGAUUUGCUGGCCGUGGCGCAACGUAUGGGUUUCCAACUGCCUCUGACGUCGUCUGCACCGACGACUCCAGCCGUUUCCGAGUCCGUCGGCAUCUCCCAUCUGUUCCCUUCGAUUAAUUCGGAGUUUCUCGCCGCCCAGCAACAGUUUGCCGCCUUCCGACAGCAGCACACAGAAACUUCCAAGCCCGACCUUUGUCUUUUCAAUCCUAACAUCUACGAAACUCUUCAAGUAACGGUAAGUCCUUAUCUGAACUUUUCAGUUUUGAAAUUUGAUCAUACAUCAAAAAGUUAAGAAUUGAAAUAGUAUCAAUGAAAUAAUAGUUAUUCCAAAAACCCUUGCUAAUUUUUUGGUGAGUUCUUCAAAGUUUUAAUCGGCACAUUUUUUCAUUAUUUAUCUUAUUAUACUUCAUUUUCAAUGCGCUUUCCUCACAAAUUUUUUUUACAAAGCUUUUUCAUUGAAACCAACAGAAAUUACUCAGGAGAUUUUUUCAGAAAUAA